AUUUGUGUCUGUCACAUGCCAAUUCUCCCUCGUUUGUCUCUCAUCCAAUUUGAUCCUGGUUCCAGAGUGGACCGCAGGUAGCUCAUUUCCCCAGCGAACAUGUCAGGAAACAAGGCGGCGCUGAAGGCUGCGAAAGUCGCCUUGGAUGCAGAGAACUACGAUGAUGCUGUCACUCAAUGUCAAAUCGUUCUAGCAUCAGAUGCUCAAAACUACUUUGCCAAGCUAUUCUUGGGACGCGCAUUCCAAAAACAGAACAAAUUAGAUGAGGCGGCAAAAACAUACAACUCGGCCGCACAGAUCAAACCGGAUGAUGCUCAAGCAUGGUUGGGUCUAUGUAAUUUGUAUGAGAGUCAGGGCGGUGUGAAACUUGACGAGUACCGCGAAUCUGCUCUGAAGGUUGCUCAAAUCCAGGCCGCAGCUGAGGAUGCUCAUAAAUGUCAAACCACAAUCAACAAGCUGGUAGAGUUCACCAAGGAACAUGGAACCACUGCCCAAUACAAACGCGCACUGGAAGCUCAAUUACCUGGAAGUCCUAUCUACGAAUUCUUGGAGGGUCGCUUACCGAGUCCGUCGCAUACAUACACUCGCCUCAUCGAAAUUACCGAGGAAGAAGAGAAGCAACGCAUCAACAAGGAAAUCGGCGAGCGAAGAACAAGGCUAGGAGCUAGAAUCAACCAAGUCACUACCGAUGUUCGCCGAGAAGUCUUCACAAAGAGCAAUGUCGAAGAGCUCUACCAAAACCUGAUCGAUUGGACCAACGAUGAUGAGAUUCGUCGCGAAUACGAGCAGAAGCUCUUACAGCGAGCUUACGACACUUUGAUCGUCCUGACUGGAGACGCGAAGGCUGCAAAACGUGAGCAGGUCAUGGGCAUCGUACACGGCAUGGUUAUUAUCAAGCACCCUUUCCUCCUGGCCUGGACCGUCGAUCUCGACUGGAAAGAUGUCGCAAACAUUUCGGACCUUGAUAUCAAUGUUUUGAGAGAGUAUCUCGAGUUCUUUCCGGAAACCAGUCUCGGUAAAGUCCUCAAAGCAUAUCUGGACUGCGAAACUUCACCGUUCCCCGCUCCUCCAAAGGACCCUCAACAAAAAGAAGAGGAGGUAGAGCCACCGCUCAAUCAGGAGGAUAGAAUACUUCUGAUGAGUGAAGGUCUUGAAGAUGGCAGUAAAUCUGUUCUCGCCCAUCGUCUCGUCGCAGAGUACUAUCUGCACCUCGAAGAGUACGAAAGUGCAGCAGAGGUCGCUAGAAACGGCCUGAAGAUGCUCGAGUCUGAGGAAAGAAAGUCAGGUCUGUCAUUGCAGGACAACAAGGAUGCUUUCAACAGCACACUCGCUACUGCGUUGGUCUACCAUCAGUCACCCAAGAACCACCCAGAGGCUAGAGAUCUUUUCAACAACAUCCUCGAGAGAAAGCCCAAGCAUACAAUGACACUUAUCGGACUAGGUCUCAUCCUGGAAGAACAGGAAGAGUUUGAUGAGGCUGUCAAAUUCCUUUCGCAAGCCCGGGAUCAGGACCCUAGUAAUGUUCGCAUUGAUAUCGAGGCAGCUUGGUGUGACGCGCUUCGCGGAAACUAUGGUCCUGCACUUGAAACCAUGGAGAAGCGCUUGCCUGAAUUGAAGCUUGACGACCCGAAAGCACGAGAGCUCAGAGCACAAACUCUGUAUCGUACUGGUGUUUGUCUUUGGAACCUCGAUACUUCCAAGACUGCCAGAAGAGAUCGCAAUGGAGCUUAUGCCAGGUUCUUGUCUGCAAUCAAGACCAACGUCAACUUCGCCCCUGCAUACACUUCUCUUGGAUACUACUACGCCGAUUAUGCCAAGGACAAGAAGAGAGCACGCCAGUGCUUCCAGAAAGCCUUUGAGCUGUCAGGCUCGGAAAUCGAGGCUGCAGAGAGACUGGCAAGAUCAUUCGCCGACCAAGGCGAGUGGGACAUUGUCGAGAUCGUUGCGCAAAGAGUCGUCGACUCAGGCAAAGUCCGCCCGCCACCAGGUUCCAAGAAGAAGGGUAUAAGUUGGCCCUUCUCAGCUUUAGGUGUCGUGCAAAUGACGAAGCAAGAGUACUCAAAGGCGAUCGUCUCGUUCUUGUCAGCACUCAGAAUUAGCCCCAACGAUUAUCACUCGUACGUCGGUCUCGGAGAGAGUUACCACAACUCUGGCCGUUACAACUCUGCAAGCCGUACUUUCAUCUAUGCCGAGGAGCCUCAUGACGGAAUUUCUAUGAACGUUACUGGGCAGAACUGGUUUACGAGAUACAUGCUUGCCAACGUCAAUAGAGAGCUCGGUGAGCAUGACGAAGCGAUUGCUGGUCUGCAAGAAGUUCUCACUGGUAGAGCUGAGGAGUUCGGAGUCCUCAUUGCAUUGUUGCAGACAUACAAUGAAAAGGCUUGGAGAUGUGUAGAGACUGGCUUCUUCGGUCAGGCUGCUCACAGCGCAGUACAAGCAAUCGAACUCGCUCAAAAGAUUGUCGAACUGAGACCGCAAGCUUUCAACCUGUGGAAGGCAGUCGGAGAUGCUUGUUCGACCUUUUACUGGAUCCAGGACAGACUUGACAUCUUCCCCUCCGACGUCACUAAGCAGAUGCUGAUGAAGGAUGUUGAUGUUAAAGAGUUCAGCAUAUUGUCGGACAUCGAUGGAGUGGACUCGAAGGUUCUUGAGGGCUCAUCGGAUGAUGGCAAGCCUCUCGCUUGCCCGGAGUACUUGGCUCUUUCGUUGCUCGCAUACAAGCGUGCUAUCUUCAGCUGCGCUGACGAUGUACAUGCGCAAGCCGUAGCCUGGUACAAUCUUGGAUGGGCAGAGCACAAGGCAUUCAGCUGCAGCGAUGUGAAGACUGGAAAGAAAUUCCUUCGUGCCGCUGUCAGAUGUUUCAAGCGUGCCAUCGAGCUUGAAGCAGGCAAUUCGGAGUUCUGGAACUCGCUUGGUGUCAUCACUACCAGACUGAACCCCAAGGUUUCUCAGCACUCUUUCGUAAGAUCUUUGCAUCUGAACGAGCGUAGUGCAAAGACAUGGUGCAACCUCGGUGUUCUCUAUCUCAUUAACAAUGAUUACGAACUCGCCCACCAAGCCUUUGGCCGUGCUCAGUCAACGGACCCUGACUACGCACAUGCCUGGCUCGGCGAAGGUCUCAUUGCGCUCAUGAUGGGCGACAAGAAGGAGGCAUUGUCACACUUCACUCAUGCUUUCGAAAUUUCCGACUCUGCUUCUCUCAUCUCAAAGCGCCAGUAUGCAGUGUCAGUCUUUGACAAUCUGCUCGCAACCCCCUCAGCCUCGAAUGAGAUCACUGCGUUGAUUGAACCGCUGUUCGCCUUGGAACAGCUCCACAGACAGUCUCCUUCAGAUCAAGCAUACAAUCAUCUUGCAUCAUUGUUCUCAGAACGUGUAGGCGAUCAUGGUCCUGCUAUUGAAAUGCUCACUACCCUUUGCACAUCGGCAGAGUCCGACUACGAAGCUACCGAGUCGCUGACCUCGCUUGGCCGAUUCGCUUUGGCAAAGGCAGACCUUGCCAGAAACCAGCUUGCAUCAAAAGACUAUGAGUCAGCCGCUGAGAAUGCAGGAACAUCACUCGAUCUGUCUGCUGAAGCUGAUGCGAGUGGCCUAGAGCCGGACAGCAGACGCAAGGUCCGCUUAUCUGCCCAUCUGACAGCAGGUCUUGCUGCCUUCUACCUACAGAACAUGGACGACGCCAUUGCCGCAUUCAGAUCAGCGCUCGAGGAGAGCAACUCUGACCCUGAUGUUGUGUGUCUGCUUGUCCAAGUCUUGUGGGCCAAGGGCGGCGAUGAGGAGAAGUCUGUCGCUCGCGAUCAACUCUUUGACUGUAUCGAGAAGCACGACUCUCAUGUUCCAUCUAUUGUCCUUCUUGGUGCGAUUGCGGCAUUGGACAACGAUACCGAUGCUCUGGAUGCCGUCCAGGAUGACCUCUCGUCUCUGCGCACAAACGACAGUAUUUCCAUCUAUGAUCGUGAGCAUGUCGAACAAGUUCUUGGUGCUAUUGCAGGUCUUUCGUCGGACGCCUCGGAGUUGGAUGCGCUCGUUGAGACACAAAGAGCCAUCAUGCUUGCGCCACACCAAAGUCAUGGCUGGACACAGCUGACCGAUCUGACUGAAGAGGCGUACCCAGCUCAAAUGGCCCUACUGACAUCGCAGAGAGCUGUUCCACCAUACGGCGAUCUUGGAGCACAGGAUUUGGCAAAGGCAUUUGCAGGAACAGGAGUGGUCAGGGACGCGCAGAGAGCGAUCGUACUGGCACCAUGGGAAAGAAGUGGCUGGGAGACAUUCGCAGAUGCAGUGACGUCUGCUUAAACAGGCUGAUAUCCGAACAUCACAGUGGCUGGGAAAUACUGUUGUUUGCACAUACUAAUGAAGCGAAACAACCUAGCCAGGUCAGGCCAAGCAAAAUCAAUUCAAUUCCAAUAGAACUUUGAGAGAAUUUUCGUUUUGACAUUUGCCGAUCGCAUCGAUUUACCUUUACGAGGAGGAGAGCUUGUGGUGGUGGAAGCAAUUUUGUAUGUCUUGGUAUGGAUACCUCGUGAUCGUACUUCCGCCGUCUCCUUCCCCAGCUGGACUUGAUGGUUCACACGGAUAGACGCCUGUUGAAACGGUGAUAGUGUUUCUGUUUCAAGCCUGCACCAAAUAUAGAGUAUAUUGAGGAGAUCUUGC